CAAUUACUUGUCGCAGACAAGACGGAGGACAGGCUGACAUCAGUGAGUGCCUUAAAUAUUCUGGCCCAUUACCGUCCUUAACACAGACAUGCCAGAUUCCCUGCCAAGAUGACUGUCAGUUUACGAACUGGUCAAAGUUUUCUUCCUGUAAUGGGGACUGUGGAGGAGUCAGGACAAGGAAACGCACUCUUGUCGGAAAAAGUAAGAAAAGGGAUAAAUGCAAAAAUUCUCAGUUGUAUCCUCUGAUUGAGAAUCAGUUUUGUCCGUGUGACAAGUACAGUGCUCAACCUGUGGGAAAUUGGUCAGACUGUAUUUUACCAGAGGGUAAACCGGAAGUGUUGUUGGGAAUGAAGGUACAAGGAGACAUUAAGGAAUGUGGACAAGGCUAUCGUUACCAAGCCAUGGCGUGCUAUGACCAAAACAGUCGGCUUGUGGAAACAUCACGAUGCAACAGUCACGGUUAUAUUGAGGAAGCCUGUAUUAUUCCAUGUCCUUCAGACUGUAAACUCAGUGAGUGGUCCAACUGGUCUCGCUGUAGUAAAUCCUGUGGAAGUGGGGUGAAGGUUCGCUCUAAAUGGCUCCGUGAAAAACCCUACAAUGGUGGAAGACCCUGUCCAAAGCUAGAUCAUGUCAAUCAGGCUCAGGUCUAUGAGGUAGUCCCCUGCCACAGUGACUGCAGCCAGUACGUGUGGGUUACUGAGCCCUGGAGUGUCUGCAAGGUGACCAGUGUCGACUUAAAAGAGAACUGUGGAGAAGGUGUUCAGACAAGGAAAGUCAGGUGUAUGUUAAACACUGUGGAUGGUCCUUCUGACACUGUAGAGGACUAUCUGUGUGAUCCUGAAGAGAUGCCACUUGGUGCUAGGAAAUGCACAUUACCAUGUCCUGAAGACUGUGUUAUAUCUGAAUGGGGACCAUGGUCUCGGUGUUCUUUGCCAUGCAAUGGAAGUAGCAUCCGUGAAAGGUCAGCUGAAUCUCUGAGACAACCAUAUGAUGGGAAGUCUUGUCCUGCUGCCACUGAUACAGAAGUCUGCACUUUGAACAAAAACUGCUACCACUAUGACUACAAUGUUACAGACUGGAGCACAUGUCAGCUCAGUGAGAAGGCUGUCUGUGGUAAUGGUAUCAAAACACGGAUGCUCGACUGUGUUCGCAGUGAUGGCAAAUCAGUUGACCUGAAGUACUGUGAAGAGCUUGGUUUGGAGAAGACAUGGCAAAUGAAUACGUCCUGUGUGGUGGAAUGUCCUGUGAACUGUCAGCUCUCUGACUGGUCCCCUUGGUCUGAGUGCUCUCAAACAUGUGGCCUUACAGGAAAAAUGAUCAGAAGAAGGACCAUAAAUCAGCCAUUUCAGGGUGAUGGGAGGCCUUGUCCUUCUCAGAUGGAGCAAUUCAAACCUUGUCCAGUAAAACCUUGUUAUCGAUGGCAAUAUGGCCAAUGGUCUGCAUGCGAAGUAGAGGAUGCUCAAUGUGGAGAGGGAACACGAGUGAGGAACAUUUCCUGUGUGGUUUUUGAUGGAUCCAUUGAAGAUGCUGGCAAAGUAGUAGAUGAGGAAUUCUGUGGAGAAAUAGAGCCUAUUAUAGAUGGUAGUAACAAGAUGAUACUUGAGGAAACCUGCACUGUCCCUUGUCCAGGGGACUGUUACUUGAGAGAGUGGUCAGAAUGGAGCCUUUGUCAGCUUACCUGUGUUAAUGGUGAGGAUCUUGGCUUUGGAGGGAUACAAGUCCGAUCUCGGGCAGUGAUCAUUCAGGAACUAGAGAAUCAACAUCUCUGUCCAGAACAGGCUUUGGAAACAAGACCAUGCAAUGAUGGCCAGUGCUAUGAAUACAAGUGGAUGGCUAGCCCAUGGAAGGGGUCUUCUCGAACUGUCUGGUGCCAAAGGUCGGAUGGCUUAAAUGUCACAGGGGGCUGUUUAGUGAUGCGCCAACCAGAUGCUGACAGGUCAUGUAACCCACCGUGCAGUCAACCCCACGCGUACUGCAGUGAGACUAGAAUGUGCACUUGUGAAGAUGGCUACACUGAAGUUAUGUCCUCGGAUGGCACGCUCCAACAGUGCACUCUCAUCCCAGUGGUGGUGAUCCCCACCAUGGAGGACAAAAAGGGAGAUGUGAAAACCAGCCGAGCUGUGAACCCUACCCAGCCCUCCAGUAACCAGUCAGGACGAGGAAGGACCUGGUUUCUACAGCCUUUUGGGCCAGAUGGGCGGCUCAAGACCUGGGUUUAUGGUGUAGCUGCUGGUGCAUUUGUCUUACUCAUCUUUAUUGUUUCUAUGAUCUAUCUAGCCUGCAAAAAGCCAAAGAAGCCCCAGAGAAGGCAGAAUAACCGACUGAAACCUUUAACCUUGGCUUAUGAUGGAGAUGCAGACAUGUAAAAUAUAACUUCUCAUGGUGACAAAUGGAGUCGAAAUUAAUGGAUUGAAAUCAGAAGGUAUCCAAAGCCACAGGGAUUUUCUGUGGGGUGCGUUAAGUGGUUUGAUUUUUUUCUUUUUUGUAACUGCGCCAUACAUAAAGAAGGAUGGAUUUCAUAAUGCCUACGGAUAUUCAAGGUAUUAUUGCUUUACUUCAGACCAUCAGCGCUGAGAAGUCUGGCAGAAUCACAUUAAUAGACAUUGCAGUUGGGGAUUUGUGGUCUUGCCUCAAUCUUACAAGCGAUAAGCACCACUUCUGUCUCCAGAACACUGUUGCUGGCAUGGUAUUAACGUUAAUUAAAGCCCGUGCAUCAUUAACCAAGUAUAAUCCGUACGUAUGAAGAAUUUGUACCAAGCUGUCUAUGACUCUUUAUAUUCAAGCAUAACACAUAUACGCAGUUGAACGAUAUGUAUUACUCUAUC